UAUUAUUACUGUUAUCGAAAUUCCCUAUUAUAAAACCACGUACUUAUCUCAUUAUCUCUGAUCAUACUGUUGACUUUGUUGUCUGUGACUAUGCGCUGUAUCUCGUGACCUAAACUUUGAACAUAACAAUAACUCCUUUGCUUGUUAGUUAUUAUUUAGGUAGUUAGCGUCGUGCGCCGUGGAGUUAACUCUAAUUGAUAUUCAUUUUGAGUUGCAUGUAGGUGAAUUCGGGCCGAGUACGUCGUAUUUAGUUCAUUGUGGUUCGGUGUAUGGUAGACAAUAGACAUUUGUUUACUUUUUUUUAUUAACGAGUGAAUUUCGCGGUGGCCAGCCAAUCUUACCUCGAUUUCACGAUGAAUAGCAGUGACAGCGAUGAUUUGACCGAAGAAUUUUUAACAGACGACCAUCAAAAUUUCUUAUCUCAAGGACAAGAUACUCAAGAUGGUGUGGAAAUGGUCACAUUAGACAAUACAGAUGACUCAUCAAAUCAAGGAGAAGUGUAUGAACUUAAAUUUGGCAAACCGCUUCGAGAACAAGAUAGAUUCCUCCCUAUAGCAAAUAUUGCAAAAAUUAUGAAAAAAUCUAUACCAGAUGGCGGAAAGAUCGCAAAAGAUGCUCGAGAAUGUGUACAAGAAUGUGUUUCAGAAUUUAUAAGUUUUAUAACCAGUGAAGCUAGUGACAGAUGUUUCCAAGAAAAACGUAAAACUAUUAAUGGAGAAGAUAUUCUUUAUGCAAUGUCUAAUUUAGGUUUUGACAAUUAUGUAGAACCCUUAAAACUAUAUUUGCAAAAAUAUAGAGAGGCUACAAAAGGAGACAAAUCAAUUGGAAUUGAAGAACUUUCAGAUGACGUAUUUUCUAAUGACACAAGUUACACAAAAAUAUUUGGACAAAACAGUCAAAGUGAAUCUGUCAUCUACUAUCAAGAUCCCAUUCAACAAUUUCACAUAGUAUAGUUAUUUCUUUUGUUGUUCUUAUUUUGUCAAUAGACUGUAACUUACUAUAUACAUUAAAAAAAAUGUAUUGCACCUAAUGUAACUUUUAUACAAGAUAUUAUAUUAUAUUCUGUAAAGUAUAUUUUACAUUCUAUAUAUUAUUAUACUGUAUAAAUUGAUAUAUA